UAUCUCUGUGCCGCAGAAGUUACUCUGUUCCUGCUGGUUACGUACUUGAAACGGUUGUUUUAAGAAAGUUUUGGUUCUUGCUAUGGGAAUAGAUCUUGAACUACCUUUGGGAGAAUCUCACAAGAAAGAUAACGGACCUAGUGGGAAUAGUCAUAUGGUAGAUGACAGAGAGGAAGAUAUUUCUGGAGAUCAAGUCAUUGUAGGUGUAAUCAACGUUCCUGUAAAUGAUAAGGAGAUUGCUAGAAAAACUAGAAAUGUGUCAAAUUCGAAAAACAGGGUAGAUGCCAGAGAUGAAAUGAACUUGAAUGCUCCAAAAGAUAUAGAGCUUCAUGACAGAAUGGAAUUUGAAUCGAAGGAAGAAGCUUUCUCAUUCUAUAAAGAAUAUGCCAAGUCUAUGGGGUUUGUUGUAUUAAUUAAGGCUAGCCGUCGGUCCAGAACAUCUGGAAAAUUUAUUGAUGCAAAAUUUGCAUGCAGUAGAUUUGGGACCAAACCAGAAACUAGUCAAGCUGUAACUACAGAGCCUGUUUCACAUUCCAGAGAAUCAAGUAUCUGCCUUAAGAGAAAACGAGGAGGUCAUACUAGCCGGUGUUUGGAAAAGACAGAUUGCAAAGCCGGCAUGCAUGUUAAGAGAAGACAAGAUGGUAGAUGGACUGUUUGUACACUCGUUAAAGAGCACAAUCAUGACAUUUUGCGUGAUGCAGCCUACUAUUUUCGAGGGCACAGGAGGUUAGAUUCAAGUAGUGGUAAUGUCAGCGGUAAUGUUGAUGGCUUGCAUGCUAUCCAGAGAAGAACAAAGAAUAUGUUUUCCAAUAUGUCCAGAGAGUGUGGGGGCUACAUGAAGUCCAGUAAUCCUAAGGGUGGUGGGAAAAAUCAAAUACUAAGUGCACAGCAUUUGUCUCUAGAGGAAGGAGAUGCUCAAGUCAUGCAUGACCAUUUUCUUUGUAUGCAAGAUGAGAAUCCUAACUUCUUUUAUGCAAUUGAUCUGAAUGAAGAGCAGCGGUUGAGAAAUGUCUUCUGGGUUGAUGCCAAAGGUAGACUUGAUUAUGGAUAUUUUAGUGAUGUGGUAUUUCUUGAUACCACAUAUUUCAAGAAUGAAUAUAAAUUGCCAUUUGCUCCCUUUAUUGGUGUGAACCACCAUCUUCAAUUCAUUUUGCUUGGAUGUGGUUUACUUGCUGAUGAGAGUAAACCAACCUAUGUCUGGCUGAUGCGGGCGUGGCUGAAAGCAAUGGGUGGACAUGCUCCAAGAGUGAUACUUACUGACCAGGACAAACUCUUGAAAGAAGCUAUCGCAGAUGUCUUUCCUUAUUCUCGUCAUUGUUUUUGUUUGUGGCACAUAUUGGGUAAGAUUCCUGAGAAGCUUGGAUAUGUGAUUAGGCAGCAUGGUCACUUUAUGGAAAAAUUUAAUAAAUGCAUUUUCAAGUCUUGGACAGUUGAAGAGGUUGAAAUGAGAUGGUUCAAAAUGGUUGAUAGAUUCAAUUUAAGAAAUGACAUAUGGGUGCAGUCAUUGUAUGAAGAUCGUAGGCGAUGGAUACCAGCAUACAUGAGAGACAUUUUCUUAGCUGGGAUGUCUACAAUCCAGCGAUCAGAAAGUAUAAAUUGUUUCUUUGACAAAUACAUGCAUAGGAAAACGACAUUGAAAGAGUUUUUUGAGCAGUACAAUACAGUCCUCCAUGAGAAGCAUGAAGAGGAAGCAAAAGCGGAAUUUGAAACAUGGCAUAAACAACCAGCAUUGAAAUGCCCCUCGCCUUUUGGGAAACAAAUGGCUAUGAUUUACACUCAUGCAAUAUUUAAGAAAUUCCAAGUUGAGGUUUUGGGAGUAGUUGCUUGUCACCCAAAGAAAGAAGCUGAAGAUGGAGCAGUCAAAACUUUCAGAGUUCAAGAUUUUGAAGAGGAUCAACAUUUCACUGUGGAGUGGAAUGAAAUGACGUCAGAUAUAUCCUGUUUAUGCCAUUCAUUUGAAUUCAACGGUAUCCUUUGUAGACAUGUGAUGAUUGUACUGCAAAUAUCUGGUGUACACAAUAUCCCGUCUCAGUAUAUAUUAAAACGUUGGACGAAAGAUGCUAAGAGCAGCCAGACAAGGGGUGUAGGGUUGAGUUCAGUUGUGUCUAAAGUUCAACGUUACAAUGAUCUGUGCCAACGAGGCUUUGAAUUGGGUGAUGAAGGUUCUUUAUCGCAGGAAAGUUACAAUAUUGCAGUUAUGGUAUUGGAAGAAGGUUUAAGAAAUUGUGAGAAUACAAAUAACUCAACUCAGAGUGCUAUAGAACGAGCAUCUCCAGAGACUCAUGAUCCUCAUGGCCCUGAAGGAAUGAAGUCAAUGAACCAAGUUAAAAGCUGUAACAAGAUGAAUAAAAAGAAUAGCACAUCUAAUAGAGGACAGGUACACUUAGAGCCAGAACUUCUAACCAUCGAGAUGCAAGAGAGCUGGCGAAAAAUGGGGCCAUUAAAUACAUUACCCUCAAGGCGUGAUAAUUAUUGUAGCAAUCAGCAUUUACAGGGGCUGGGGCACUUGAACUCACUCACACCCAUCCAGGAUGCUCAAUACAUAAAUCAGCAAAGACUGCAUGCAGUGGGGAAAUUGCAAUCCAGACCACAAACUAUUCCAGGUUUUAUAAUUGAAGAUGAUCUGCAAAAUAUGGAUCAGUCCACUGUGGGACGCGCUCAGAUUCACGGCUUGGCAUCAAAGCAUUUGCAACCAAAACAUCGCUCUCAUCAGUAGCAAUACAUGGGUACAGAGAACCGGUGCUUGUGUCGGCUUCUUUCCUGCAAUCCUGCUUAAUGAAACAAACUGUUAUUUUUUUUCAGCUGGUGUGAGGAAACAGUGUAAUUGCAGCAAUGGUAUCAAAGAAAUGAACAUCGAGAGUUGAACCAGAUCCUGCAGUUGAAAAAAUAAUUCAUUUCUCUUUUAGUUGUAGCUCUGUUGUAUAUAUAUCAUUUUGUAUUCGUCCAUGUACAAUUCCAGUUGUAAUUCAGAAUCCAAAUUCUAUAAUCAAUACAAGUUU